UUCCAGGCAUUGCAAGACAGAGAAGUGUGGAUAGAGAAGCGGAGAGACAAGGAGAGAGAAGUAGAGAAAGACACAGAGAGAGAGAGACGUGGAGAGAGAUAAAGCAAGACGCGAAGCAAGAGACGCGCAGUGUGUGAGAGACAACGGAGCAGCUUGACAGCCCCUGGAGCUCCAACCGUGCCUUCAUGCCCAGCAGGUGCCCCAUCUGGCCCAUCCUCCCAGGUCAGCCUCAGCCCGUGCUGAAGGCAGUUUGACUCAGGGUUUCCCAGUGACUCUUGAGGAACAUCUACAGAGGGGAGGAUGGCCCAAGUCCUGCACGUGCCAGCCCCCUUUCCAGGGACCCCUGGCCCAGCCUCCCCGCCUGCCUUCCCUGGCAAGGAGACUGACCCUCCCUACUCUGUGGAGACACCCUAUGGCUACCGCCUGGACCUGGACUUUCUCAAGUAUGUGGAUGACAUUGAGAAGGGCCACACACUGCGACGCGUGGCUGUGCAGCGCCGGCCUCGCCUCGGCUCGCUGCCCCGUGGCCCUGGCUCCUGGUGGACCUCCACCGAGUCACUGUGCUCCAAUGCCAGUGGGGACAGCCGCCACUCUGCCUACUCCUACUGUGGCCGUGGCUUCUACCCACAGUACGGGGCUCUGGAGGCCCGCAGUGGCUUCAAUCCUCGUGUGGAGCGUACCCUGCUGGAUGCCAGGCGCCGCCUCGAGGACCAGACUGCUGUGCCCACAGGCCUGGGCUCCCUGACCCCCAGCGCAGCCAGCUCCACUAGUUCACUCGUGGGCGUGGGGCUACCACCCCAGACACCACGGGGCUCGGGAAUGUCCACACCAGUGCCGCCUAGUGCUGGGCACCUGGCCCACGUUCGGGAGCAGAUGGCGGGUGCCCUGCGGAAGCUGCGGCAGCUGGAGGAGCAGGUGAAGCUGAUCCCUGUGCUCCAGGUGAAGCUGUCAGUGCUGCAGGAGGAGAAGCGGCAGCUCACAGUGCAGCUCAAGAGCCAGAAAUUUCUGGGCCACCCUUCAGGGGCCCGGGGCCGCAGCGAGCUCUGCCUUGACCUCCCAGAGGCUCCUGAGGACCCAGUAACACUGGAGACCCGGAGCGUGGGCACCUGGGUCCGUGAGCGGGACUUGGGUGUCCCCGAUGGGGAGGUGGCCCUUGCCGCCAAGGUCGCAGUGCUGGAGACCCAGCUCAAGAAAGCUCUCCAGGAGUUGCAGGCAUCUCAGGCCCGACAGGCUGGCUCCCAUCCCGACCCCCAACCCCAGGCGUGGCCACCGCCGGACAGCCCAGUUCGUGUGGACACUGUCCGGGUGGUAGAGGGACCUCGGGAGGUGGAGGUGGCAGCCAGCACAGCUGCUGGGGCCCCUGCACAGCGGGCCCAGAGCUUGGAGCCCUAUGGGGCAGGGCUGCGGGCCCUAGCGACAUCUGGAGGAACCGAGAGCCCCCUUGUGUUCCGAAGCCAUGAAGUGGUGGAGGCAGUGUUCCCCUCGCCUGCUGCAAACACUGGCAUCGUCCACUUGGUGAAGAAGAUCAGCAUCACGGAGCAGAACUGCAGUGGGACAGCAGGUCUCCCACAGGCUUCUGCAGAGUCAUCUUCAUUACCCCCAGGGUCUGCAGCAGCCCCCCUGGCACAGCCAAAGAAGAACGCAGGCCAGGUGCCCACCCGCAACACUACCAGCAGGGAGCCCGCCAGGCAAGCAGCCUCAAGUGAGUCAGAGGAGUCUGGAGAUGCAGGUGGGCCCCUGGUGGGCAUGCGGUCCAUCAUGAAGCGGAAAGAGGAGCCCACAGACCUCACGGCCCACCAGAGGAGCCUCCAGUUCGUGGGGGUCAAUGGAGGGUGUGAGUCCUCAUCUGAGGACUCCAGCACAGCAGAGAACUUCUCAGACAAUGAGAGCACAGAGAACGAGACCCCAGAGCCUGAGGCGAGGGUGCCAAGUGUGGCCAAAGCCCCCCAGCUGAGGCCUACGGGGACAGCAGUGGCCAAGAACAACCGGGAGGAGUGCCAGCUAUCUCGGGAAUCUCAGCAUGUGCCUGCAGCUGAGGGGGCAUCAGGAUCAAAUGUGGAGGAGAUCCGGAUGGAGCUAAGCCCCGACCUCAUCUCAGCCUGCCUGGCCUUGGAAAAGUACCUGGACAACCCCAAUGCCCUCACUGAGCGGGAGCUGAAAGUGGCCUACACCACAGUGCUCCAGGAGUGGCUGCGCCUGGCCUGCCGCAGUGAUGCCCACCCUGAGCUUGUGCGGCGCCACCUGGUCACCUUCCGGGCCAUGUCGUCACGGCUGCUGGACUAUGUGGUCAACAUUGCCGACAGCAAUGGCAACACCGCGCUGCACUACUCCGUGUCCCAUGCCAACUUCCCAGUUGUGCGGCAGCUGCUGGACAGCGGUGUCUGCCAGGUGGACAAGCAGAACCGUGCUGGCUACAGCCCCAUCAUGCUCACUGCCCUGGCCACCCUGAAGACCCAGGAUGACAUCGAGACCCUCCUGCAGCUCUUCCGGCUUGGAGACGUCAAUGCCAAAGCCAGCCAGGCAGGGCAGACAGCCCUGAUGCUGGCAGUCAGCCAUGGGCGGGUGGAUGUGGUCAAAGCUCUCCUGGCCUGCGAGGCGGACGUCAACGUGCAAGAUGAUGACGGCUCCACAGCCCUCAUGUGCGCCUGUGAGCACGGCCACAAGGAGAUCACGAGCCUGCUGCUGGCGGUGCCCAGCUGUGACAUCUCACUCACCGACCGCGAUGGGAGCACAGCUCUGAUGGUGGCCUUGGACGCGGGGCAGAGUGAAAUUGCAUCCAUGUUGUACUCCCGCAUGAACAUCAAGUGCUCGUUUGCCCCGAUGUCAGAUGACGAAAGUCCUGCAUCAUCCUCUGCAGAAGAGUAGCCAUGAGGGGGGACCAGAGGCACCUCCCCUCAGGGGCCAGUCAGCCCCACAGAGACCCGUCCCUCCUCCCUUGUUCCUCAUCCGGUCUCCUCCCCGGCCAACCCCCACCCAUACCCACCAAGGCCUAAGUCUCAAAGGCAAGUGGGUUUUUCUUCUAAUUCCCACGGGGAGCCCCCAACAGUGACAAGACUCCAGCUUGAAGCGGGUUUUUCCCCAUACCCCAGUUCAAAGCAGCCACAGCAGACUGAAGCUACAUUCUCAUGUAAACUGGCGCCAGUGGCUGAUGCUGGGGCGUGGGUUUAUGGAGAACACUGAGAACAAUCAACUGAAAGUGAUGGAUGGAGGAGGGUGAGAGGAAAAGUAUUGUAUUUUUGAAUCACCAUCAGGGAAGGGGGAAAUCAUAUUACUUGUUGCCAAAUUUUAAAGUCACUGGAAUUGCAUAUUUUCAUUUUGAUCCU